GCCAACCAUUGCUCUCCCUGCAGCCUCCACGACCUGAGGACAUGGCUCUCAUCUGCUUCACCAGUGGAACAACAGGAAACCCAAAGGGAGCGAUGUUGACUCACAGGAAUGUCGUGUCCAACUGCUCGGCCUUCAUCAAAACGACAGAGGUGUGGGCUCCGUUUUCUCACAGUGAUGUCCAUAUUUCCUUCCUGCCCCUGGCUCAUAUGUUUGAGAGAGUAGUCCAGGGAGUGAUGAUAGUGCACGGAGCCAGGAUCGGCUUUUUCCAGGGAGAUAUCCGUCUGCUGUCAGAUGACCUGAACACACUGAAGCCCACUGUGUUCCCUGUGGUGCCCCGACUCCUCAACAGAAUGUAUGAUAAGAUCUUCGGGCAGGCUAACACCUCCCUGAAGCGCUGGCUGCUGGGGUUCGCCUACAGGAGGAAGGAGUCUGAGAUCAAGAGAGGCAUCGUGAGGAGAGACAGCAUCUGGGAUCGACUCAUCUUCGGGAAGGUUCAGGCCAGCCUCGGAGGCCGUGUGCGUCUCAUGCUGACAGGAGCUGCUCCCAUCUCCCCCACGGUCCUAACCUUCCUCAGAGCUGCUAUAGGCUGCCAGCUCUAUGAAGGCUAUGGACAGACAGAGUGUACUGCUGGAUGCACCUUGACCAUGCCCGGGGAGUACAAUGCAGGUCACGUUGGAGCUCCUCUGCCCUGUAACUCCCUUAAACUGGUGGAUGUGUCUGAGAUGAACUACUUGGCUGUAAACGGGGAGGGAGAGGUGUGUGUGAAGGGCCCUAACGUGUUCCAGGGCUACCUGAAGGACCCAGAGAAGACGGCAGAGGCUAUCGAUGCAGAUGGAUGGCUGCACACCGGAGACGUUGGAAAAUGGCUUCCUAAUGGCACGCUGAAGAUCGUGGACAGGAAGAAGCAUAUCUUUAAGCUGUCCCAGGGGGAGUACAUCGCUCCUGAGAAGAUAGAGAAUGUGUACAUGAGGAGCGAUGCAGUGGCACAGGUGUUUGUGCACGGAGACAGUCUGCAGGUAGGUGGAGGACAUGCUGCAGUGUUACUACCUGUUAUACUU